AUUUAAAUAAAAUAUCGUUAUCGCGUGACAAGGAUAAUACUAUGUCGUAUAGACGGUAAUAACAACACAACGAGUUAUCAUAAUAUUAUUAUUGUUAUACGAUAAGUACAUAUUAUAUAUUUAGUAAUCAAAAGUCAUCGUCCGAAGGCGCAUAAUAUGAGGUGGUUGAGAAUGACUGACCAUUGGUAUUUUCAACACAUUAAAAUUACGUAAAACUCUAUAGUCUUUGGCAGCAAUGAUUUGCACAUUUCGACAGUGAUUAAAUUAUUUAAGAGUUCCUGUUUACCGUUUCGAUACGUCUAUUCGCCGACCGAAGGACAUCAGAUUGACAUUUCCACAAACCGGGAAUUGAUUGUUUUCAAAGGGGAACUAAUUCGUCGCACGGGAAUGGCGUUUGAAACGAAAGAAUCAGGCGAGGGCUGCAGUGAAAACAAACGUUGAAAUAAAAAUUGUCAUCGAGAAUUUCAAUCAAAAAUGUUUCACAGAUAUUUGGUUAUUGUUGCGUUGAUUUUUCUGUAUGGCAAUCUAGACGUAAACUGUCAAAUGCACGAACCAGACGAAAUAAUGCCUGAAUUUUAUGCGCCACUGGAAAAUUGGACGGUGACCCAAGGCCGAGACAUAUACUUUACGUGCACGGUGAACAAUUUGGGAAAGUACAAGGUAGCUUGGAUAAAAUCGGAUUCUAAAGCAAUUUUAGCUAUCCACACGAACUUGAUUGCUCACAAUCACAGGCUGACGGUCACCCACAAUGGACACAAUACUUGGAAAUUGCAUGUGUUCAAUGUUCAGAAAAAUGAUACUGGAAGUUACAUGUGCCAAAUAAAUACGCAACCGAUGAUACUACAGACCGGAUACUUGGACGUGCGGAUCCCACCGUACAUAUUGGACGAGGCAGACAUCGAGGGCCCGGGUAGCGCGGCCAUGGAGGGUGGUACUAUAAGGUUGCGGUGCCGGUCCACUGGUAAACCGGAACCAAAAGUUCAUUGGAAGCGCAAGGACAACCGUCACAUUGUCAUCCGGUCAGACGGGGCUAGAGAAAAACAAGAGUCAGCCACUGUUAAGGGUGACACGCUGGAGCUUAGCAACGUGCACAGGACCGACAUGGGUAAGUACCUGUGCAUAGCAAAGAACAACGUGCCGCCGACGGUCAGCAAGGAGUUCAACGUUCAGAUACACUUUCAUCCGAUGAUCAAGGUGACCAAUCAACUAGUGGCCGCGCCGACCGGAAGCAACGUGCACAUUCAGUGUUAUGUCGAAACCUCGCCGAAAGCAAUGCACAGCUGGGCAAAAAUAGACGGAGGCGAUCUCAUGCCCAACACCAAGUAUAAAAUGUCGGAGACUCCCAUAAACGAAUAUUCAUUGCAAAUGGACCUAACCAUAACGAGUCUUGAACCCAAGGACUUUGGUGGCUAUCUGUGUAUAGCCAAAAACGCUUUGGGUAAAGCCGAAGGAUCCAUAAGACUUCAAGAACUGCAUUUGCCAAGCGCUCCAACCACUUCGGAAGCACCACCGCCGGAACCAGAAGAAGAUGGUGACGAAGAGUCUGGUGGUGCAGACGAGGAAAAUUUGGUGCCUGUGGAGGGCGAACCGACAGCCGACGGGGACAACCAAUCGUCGGAUGACCAACAACGACAACAGGAACAACAGAAGCAUCCAUUAGAAUCCACAAAAAAACCUCCACAAACUGCUCAUGGAGGCGGAAGUGGUAAUGGAGGCAGUGGAGGUGGCGGCGUCCGGCAUCAUGACAACAAACAAAGGCACGGAUCCGGAAAGGGUUCCGGUUCAGAAUGUCCGGCACGUUGGUUGCUAGUGCUGGCCGCCGUCGUCGUAGUCACGCUGUUCCGGUCACCGGUCGUAUCUCGGUGGUGACGACUCCGCUAAUGAGGAUACCACUGUUGUACGACGCUUAUCCGGUUGGUGUCCUCGACACUCAACUAUUCCUGAUCUAAGACAAUAAUCGAUUAAUUAUUUUACACAAUAUUUUUUUAUUUUUCACCCGCGAACUGUUUUAAACUUCCAAAAUAAAAACCCUUCCAUUAUAAUAUAUAUUAUUAUAUAUCUCCACACACACACACACACACUUACUUAAGGCUAGUAUACAAUGUACAUACAGACAUGCAGUCAACAAGCACCA